CGAUCAAGAAAGGGCACCGUUAUACACAACCCUCCUCCUUACCGACUCGACUGCACAUUAUCAUGCUAUUCCCCAAACUAUAUACAGGUCCAAGUGGCAAGAUCAUCAGCACUGGCCGUCAGAGCCGCCCAACAGGGCAGACGCUAAGAGUCGGGUCACGCCCGUCAGAGCCUGUCGCGAACUACGGCGGGGCUUCACAGAGGCUCAGCUCCCCACUUGUGGAUUCAGCAGAGGGCUCAACAUCAGACGAAUGGCGCCGCAAAGAACGAAACCACCGAGUAAUCGAUCGCUAGCAAGUCACCUCCUUCAGGUAAAUCCCAAGCACGCCGUAGCUAGUGCUCAUUGGUCACAUGGGCUUACUCAGAGCGUAGCCCAGCGGCUUGGACGGCUCUGGACGGGUAGUGCAUUUACCAUCUUUCUAACUGCAGCUUAACAUGGCAUAACUCAGAAUGAUGUCAUCA